GUAAUAUUCGCGGGGAGUAAAAAUGGCGGUUAGAUUCAAACAUUCGAAGCAGUCUCUCUCCCUUUCUUCAGAAUACGUUAACAAGUUCAUCAAAACCCAAAUUAACCUUUCAAAACCCACUCCAAAACUCUGGUCUGAUCAUGAUGAUGCUAAAUCUUUUGACCCAUACAACAAUGGUGUACAUAGUACAUUGACAUUGAGCCACCCCAUUUUGCGAAUUUUAGAUUCUUGCACCCCGAAAUUGAGACAAUUUAAUCAAGUACAUGCCCAGCUCAUUGUUUCAGGUAUCUUUCAACACCCUUUAGCUGCAGGUCGAGUUAUGAUGAAACUUUGCUCUUCACAAUCCACUUUUUCUCAUGCUGUAAAGAUUUUUGAGAAUCUUGAAUACCCAGAUGCUUUUAUUUGUAAUACAGUUAUGAAAUGUUAUGUGAAUUUCGAUGACCCGGAAAAGGGUUUGGUGUUUUACUCUGAUCAGAUGGUUAAAAAUGGGAUCUUUCAGAAUCAUUAUACGUUUCCUAUAUUGGUUAAGGCUUGUGCUGAUUUGGGUAGGGUAAGAGAAGGGGAAAUGGUUCAUGCCCAUGUAGUGAAAUGUGGGUUUGAGUUGGAUUUGUAUACUAGGAAUGUUUUGAUUCAUAUGUAUUCAGUGUGUUGUCGGAUUCAUGAUGCAAGGAAGGUGUUUGAUUUAAGUUCUGACUCAGAUUUGGUGACUUGGAACACAAUGAUUGACGGGUACGUGAAAAAUGGAGAAGUGAAUCUUGCGCGUUAUGUUUUUGAUGUAAUGCCUGAAAGGGAUGUUUUUAGCUGGAAUUCCAUGUUAUCUGGAUAUGUGGGGAUCGGAGAUAUGGAGGCUGCAAAGUUGCUGUUCCAGGAGAUGCCUUCGAGGGAUACUGUUUCGUGGAAUUGUUUGCUUGAUGGAUAUUCUAGGACUGGAAAUGUAGUAGCUGCCGGUGCUCUGUUUGAGCAGAUGGAUUAUCGGAAUGUAGUUUCUUGGACUACUUUAAUGGCUCUUUAUGUGCGGUUGAAGGACUAUACGGGAUGUUUGGGAUUGUUUGAUAUAAUGAUGCAAGGAAGAGAUAUUCAGCCAAAUGAGGCUAUCCUCAUGAGUGUUUUGACUGCUUGUGCACAUUUAGGGAGACUUGAUCGAGGAAAGUGGAUACAUUCAUAUAUAAGAUACAGUGGGAAGGUUAAGCCUGACAUGUUGCUUUCGACUGCCCUAUUGACAAUGUAUGCUAAGUGCGGUGAGAUGGAGUUGGCGAAAGAGGUAUUUGCUGAGAUGCCAGAAAAAAGUGUCGUCUCGUGGAACUCUAUGAUCAUGGGUUAUGGAACUCACGGGCAUGGCGAGGAAGCACUUGAAACAUUCUUGGAGAUGGAAAAAAGUGGAGUGAGGCCUAAUGGUGCUACGUUCAUUUGUGUUUUAAGUGCGUGUACUCAUUCAGGGAUGGUAUUAGAGGGAUGGUGGUAUUUUGAUGUGAUGACUAGAGUUUAUAGAAUAGAGCCUAAAGUUGAGCACUACGGCUGCAUGAUUGAUCUUCUUGGGCGGGCUGGUUUGAUGAGAGAUUCUGAAGACCUCAUUAAGAAUAUGCCUAUGGACUCCGGGCCCGCAUUAUGGGGAGCUUUGCUUUCAGCUUGCAAGACCCACUCAAAUCUGGAACUUGGUGAGAUCGUCGCCAAGAGAUUAAUUGAGAGGGAUCCAGAGGAUAUCGGAUCCUAUGUGCUUCUUUCCAACAUAUAUGCUGCACAAGAGAGAUGGGAUGACGUGGAGAAGGUAAGAAAAAUAAUGGUUGUAAACGGAAUUAGGAAGGAAGCAGGAUCUAGCCUAGUCCAAUUUGCAAACUCGGACAUGUGGUGUUUUCCAGAAAAUGUUUCAGUACACAAGAGAAUGAUGAUGUCUUCCAUGUUGAGUGAGAUGGGAGCUCAGAUCAAAUGUCAGAUGGAAACGUGAUGGAAUGGAGGAACUUGAAUAUAAUGGAAUCCUUUGGAGAAGCAACAACA